AUGAAGCUCUUGGUACUCUCGGCAGUCGUGGUCGCAGCUUACGCGGCACCUCAAGGCUACAAUUUGGCCUCGCCAUCGGGAGGUGGAUUUUCCCAUGGUGGAGGUCACUCAUCUGGAAGUGGCUUCUCUAGUGGCGGCGGAGUGUCAGGUGGAGAAUUCUCAAAUGGCGGAGGAUUCUCUGGUGGAGGAUUUUCAAGCAGCGGAGGAAUCUCUGGCGGUGGAUUUUCAAGUGGUGGUGGGGUGUCUGGUGGUUUCUCCGGUGGAAGCAGCGGCGGAUUUGGUGGAACUGGAGGUCCCGCUGGUGGGUGUCGUGAUGGAGAGAUUCUGCAUGUGGAUGGAUCUUGCGUAGUCCCUGUAAUCACGAGAAAUGUGUUUGUGUAUGAUGCUCCCGAACAACCUCAGCAGCCAGGCGGUCCACCACCAAGUGUCCCACCACCAAGAGUUGAUCAUAACAUUCUGUUUGUGCGUCUUCCUGAAGGAGGAGCAGGACCUGAACCCAUCAUUGUUCCUCCACCAAGGCAAGAAAACAUUGUGUAUGUCCUGAACAAGAACGAUGGAGAAGGAGGCCAGCGAGUAAUUGAAGUUACUGUGCCUCCAGCUACCAACCCCGAGGUUUACUUUGUCAACUACGAAGAUGGAGAGAACCCAACUCUUCCUAUUGGUGUGGAUCUUGAGACUGCUCUUAACGCUGCCGCUAGUGCUGGUGGUCAAGUGAUCGGAGGCGCCGGAGGAUCAGGUGGCUUUGGAGGCGAUGGAGGAUUUGGCGGUAGUGGAUCAGGUGGCUUUGGAGGCGAUGGAGGAUUUGGCGGUAGUGGAUCAGGUGGCUUUGGAGGCGAUGGAGGAUUUGGCGGUAGUGGAGCAGGUGGAAGUGGAGGAUUCGGUGGUGCAGGAGGAGUAAGUGGAGGUUUCGGUGGCGUAAAUGGAGGAAGCGGAGGCUUUGGCGGAAGUGGAGCAGGAAGUAGUAGAGGAUUUGGAGGAAGUGGAACCAGUGCUGGUUCUCCAUCCACUUUAUAUUCUGGCCCUUAAACAUUAGGCAAGGAACAU